AUGCCAAAGAAGAUGAUGGAGAAGAUUGAGAAGAAGAAGAGAAGAGGAGGAAGAGGAAGAAAAGGACAAGAGGAUGGAAAAGAUAUAGGACCAAAAGGGUACGACUAA